UCUCUUUUUGAUGCUUUCACAUUUUUUUUUUCUCUCAAUUGGUGGCACGCCGGACAAAGAACCAAAACUAAUACUUGGUGGUGAAGAUUCUCCAUUUCUCCUACACCAAGUCGGUGGACAAAGCAAUGGGGCCCACCGACUUGAAUAUUCAAGUCACACGUUCUCAACAAGUAGGCCAUUCCAUGAAGAAACCACUCUCUUUAAUUAUAGCAAGGCUGAUUCGUUUGCUUUAUAAAGCUAUUGCAAUUCCCCUACAUCCAAUUCUUCAGUAUCGCAUCCCACCUGUUUGUAAAAAUGUUGCAGAAGCUGAAAAUUUUGUUAUUUGUUACUUUGUUCCAUACCCACGUCGCCUUUGCUUCUGACCCAGAUCCACUCCAAGACUUCUGCAUAGCCUUCAAAGACUCUGCAAGCGGAAACCCAUCAUGCAAGAACUCAUCAGCUGUCUCGGUGGAAGAUUUCACUUUCUCGGGCAUAAAAUUUCCUGGAAACUACAGCCAAACAGGCUUUUCCGCCUCGCCGGUGAACUCAAAUGUCUUUCCGGGUUUAAACACGCUUGGCAUGUCAUUUGUGCGAGCAGACUUUGAUGUCGGUGGCGUCAACGUGCCGCAUUCCCAUCCGAGAGCAACGGAGACUGCAUUUGUGAUCGAGGGAAGGAUUUAUUCGGGAUUUGUCGAUACGAAUAACAGGGUUUAUGCAAAAGUGAUCGAAAAAGGAGAGGUUAUGGUGUUUCCAAGAGGUCUUGUACACUUCCAAAUGAAUGUUGGGGAUACAGAAGCGAGUAUUUUGGGGAGUUUCAACAGCCAAAAUCCGGGUCUGCAGAGAAUCCCAGCUGCCAUUUUUGGAUCUGGAAUCGAAGAAGCGCUUUUGGAGAAGGCUUUUGGAUUGAAUGCUAAGGAGAUCGCCAAACUGAGGAAGAGGUUUCUUCCCCACUGAUAAACACUUCAAAAGCUAAUUAAUUAAUUAAUUAAUUAAUUAAUUAUUAUUAUUUUCUAAAUGUAAGUCAAUUAAGUUAGAUUGCAGAAAUUUAUGCUGAAAAGUAAUAACAGAAUCCACUGAUGGUUUAUGAAAAAAAAAAAUUCCAAUAUUGGUGCAGUUUUUAUGUGGCAAGAGAUGUAAUUUAGUUUUGCUUCUUGGUGUGGAGUACAUGACAAUGCUAUAUAUUAAGUAUUGUAGAAAGGCAGCUGUUUAGAAAGGGUGAAAUUGUUCAAGGUAUUGCCAAUUAUCACUGCUCUCUGGUAGCAUCAUUGCUGAACAUUUGAAAUUUAU